AUGGCGGACGACAACCACAUCCCCUCCAUCUCCUCCGGCGUCGUCGGCUCCCGCUUCGUCUCCCAGUCAGACAUCGACUCUGCAAAGGCCCGCCGCGACGAGCAAUGGAAGGCCGCCUACGCCAGAUUGGGCCAGGAGCCGCCCCCACAGCCCCAGGAGGACGCCUACGACGGCCGCAGCCUGGCAGAGGUCGCGAUCUCCCUUGGCGCCGCCGCCGUGCCCCCGCGUUACCGUUACCCGGCCGGGCUCACGCGCCUGCCCCCUCCACAGGCUGCCAAGCAAGAAGAAUGGGAGGAAAAAACAAAGCUCGCAAACCAGUUCCGCGCCCUCGAGGAGGACGAGAUCAUGUUCCUCGACUCCGUCCGCGAGAAGCAGGAGGAAGAGGAGCGUCUCCGCAAGGAACGCGACGGCGAGGAACUCAAGGGCUUCAGGGAGGCCAUCGCCUCGCGCGUCGUCGUCAAAUCGCCCCCCGCCGCAACGCCGCAAGCGACCCCCCCGCUGAAUCCCCCGAACGGAUCGCGCCCGUCCUCCGCGGCGCCCGCCAAAAAAGACAACAAGCGGUCCCUCAAGGGCGUCCUCGUCAAGAAAAAGCCAAAACCAGCCCCGGCCACAGCGCCAGCGGCAUCAGCACAGGGCGCCACCGACCCCAAACGGAGCAACGCCCCGCCGAACCCUGCAGCCCCUCCCCCCAGCAAGGGGCAGGCACGAGAGAGCAGCGAGGAGCCCCCAGACGCAAAGCGGAGGAGGGUAUCCAGACCAGAGUCCGACUCAUGA